CGCAAGAAGCAGACCGCAUCAAUGUUCUGCACAUCACUUCGUCGGCGCUCAUCCUUCGCAUCGAUCGUUCCUCUGUUGACUGCACCAACUGGACUUGCAAUCAAAGAGUCGUUGCUGGAAACGCAUGACAUUGCUUUCCCUAUACCCGACUUUCCCAAGCCCAUCCCUAACACAAAGUCAAGUCGGACGCUACGACUGCUCUUACUCGUUCCAAACAACAUGUCAGAAGACAGACUACCCACCACCAUCGCACGCAUUCAACACUUCGUAGCUCUCACCGGUGGUCUCGACGUCGCCAUCAUCCUAUCACUCUCUGCAUCUAAACCAUUCUCGUCAGCAAAAGACCUCCUGAACGAUUCACAAGUUGACAGCAUGGACGGAGUACGCAGUUACGCGCUUCUCCAAGCGGAAUUCAUGACCAGACCAGAGCUCGCAUGGGUACCAAUUCUACCCCUAGCAAAAUUAGAUGGCAUCGUCGAUUUCGUAAAGACACAUGUACAGUCGAUCAGUCGGCCUAAGCCCAAGCCAUCGUCUGCAGUUCGUCCCUUGGACAUGUUAGCACACUGUUCUCCUGAUCGGCCGUUACCCACUCUCGCUGUCAACUUGGCCUCUGAUGUGUNNUUUUCUUCUUUGAGGGACGUGGUUCAAGCUGCAUUCACUCAUCGGACAAGCUCAUCUUUACACGACUUAGACGAAGUUGCUUCAUCAGACGAUUCUCUGCAAAGUCGCGGAAGUCCAUUCGGCGUGCUAGCAGAGCAGUUAGAUAAAGAGGUCGUGGAGAGUAUGAUCGAGUUCUGGCUCGAGGACUGGAUUAUCGAGUAG